AAAAUUAUAUUAUACAGAGAGUAAAAAGAAAAAGGAAAAGGAAGUCACGUUAUUCCCGGAGUUUUCUGUUUCUGUUUCUAGAAAUUUCGCGCUUCUCCUCAAAAGUAAUUUUCUCUUUCUGCUCUGCUUUUUUUUUCAUCCAUUUUUUUUCUCCAUUUUUGGAAGCAAUUUCACGACGAAAACUCGAAGCAGACAAAUAUUUGAACUUUAUUUUUGCACUUCUCUCUUCCAUUUAUCUUUUUCUUUUUCUGGUUUCAGAAAGUUUUGAGGAUUGUAGUAUUUUUUCUGCUCUGUUUUCCGGCGCCUUUCAGAAUGCAAUUGUAUUGGUGAAAGGCACUGGAAAUUUUUCUGUUUGCAUUGAAGAUUGACAUGACGGGAGCUAAUAGCGAUGAAAACUUGGGGAAGUUGAAAAAAAGUUGGUGAACUGUGGGUGUAAUACAAAGUGGCAAAAGAGAUGGCUUCUGUGCUGGCUUCUCUGUUUCCAAAACUGGGCUCUUUAGGUACUUCAGAUCAUGCUUCUGUUGUAUCCAUCAACCUCUUUGUGGCACUCCUUUGUGCUUGCAUCAUCAUUGGUCAUCUUUUGGAGGAGAACCGCUGGGUUAAUGAGUCCAUUACUGCCCUCAUAAUUGGUUUGUGUACAGGAGUGGUUAUCUUGCUCGUAAGUGGUGGAAAGAGCUCACACCUUCUGGUUUUCAGUGAAGAUCUCUUUUUCAUAUAUGUACUUCCUCCAAUCAUAUUUAAUGCAGGGUUUCAGGUAAAAAAGAAGCAAUUUUUCGUAAACUUCAUUACUAUAAUGAUGUUCGGAGCCAUUGGUACCCUGGUCUCAUGUGCCAUUAUAUCAUUAGGUGCCAUUCAAACUUUCAAGAAGUUGGACAUUGAAUUUCUAGAUAUUGGGGAUUAUCUUGGUAAUUUUUCGAAACCAUUGUUGUGUUUGUUCUGUUGUUGGUUGCUUGUGUUUCUACCUCUGACCGCUCUUAUUUCUCUCUCUCUCCACUUGUUAGCAAUUGGAGCAAUAUUUGCUGCCACAGAUUCCGUCUGCACAUUGCAGGUCCUACAUCAGGAUGAGACACCCCUCCUUUACAGUCUUGUAUUUGGAGAAGGAGUUGUAAAUGAUGCUACAUCGGUGGUGCUUUUCAAUGCUAUUCAAAACUUCGACCUUACGAGCAUGAAUCCCAGUAUAGCCCUCAGUUUCCUUGGCAACUUCUUCUAUCUGUUCCUUGCUAGCACUUUACUGGGAGCAGGAACUGGUCUUCUUAGUGCUUACAUUAUCAAGAAGCUGUAUUUUGGCAGGCACUCCACAGAUCGUGAGGUUGCCCUUAUGAUGCUCAUGGCUUACUUAUCAUACUUGCUGGCCGAAUUAUUCUAUUUGAGUGGGAUUCUCACUGUCUUUUUCUGUGGUAUUGUAAUGUCUCACUACACUUGGCACAAUGUGACCGAGAGUUCAAGAGUCACUACAAGGCACACUUUUGCAACUUUGUCAUUUCUUGCAGAGACUUUCCUCUUCCUCUAUGUCGGCAUGGAUGCUUUGGAUAUCGAGAAGUGGAAAUUUGUUGGUGACAGGCCUGGGUUAUCAAUUUCCGUGAGUUCGAUACUGAUGGGACUAAUCUUGCUUGGGAGAGCUGCCUUUGUUUUUCCAUUAUCAUUCUUAUCCAACUUAAUGAAGAAAUCCUCGGAGCAAAAAAUUACCUUUAGGCAGCAAGUGAUAAUAUGGUGGGCAGGUUUGAUGAGAGGCGCAGUGUCCAUGGCACUGGCAUAUAAUAAGUUCACUCGUGGGGGACACACUCAACUGCAGGACAAUGCAAUAAUGAUUACCAGCACGAUAACCAUUGUUCUAUUCAGCACAAUGGUAUUCGGUUUAAUGACAAAACCCCUUAUAAGUCUCCUGCUGCCACCACAGAGGCAAUUGAGUACAGUGUCAUCAGGCGCAAAUACUCCAAAGUCUCUAACAGCCCCACUCCUAGGCAGUCGAGAGGACUCUGAAGUUGAUUUAAAUGUUCCAGAUCUUCCUCACCCACCAAGUUUGAGGAUGCUACUUACCGCACCAAGUCAUAAAGUGCAUCGGUACUGGCGCAAGUUUGACGAUGCAUUCAUGCGCCCUAUGUUUGGUGGUCGGGGAUUUGCUCCUCCUGCCCCUGGUUCUCCAACGGAACAGGGUCCAUGAUGUGCACGAGAAAAAUGAAAUUGAUGUAAAAGAAAUUUGCCAAGGGACGUCCAG